GAAUGGCUUGGGCAUGCCUGCUAUCUAGUUAUGGCACAUAAUGUGUACCUUGUUUUUAUGGACUGAUGGUCUAAAAAUUUUGUGCUUUAUGUGAACCUAAUGACUAAAUAAAAUUAAAUAUGGUCAUUGUUUUGUAAUUCUGAGGGUAUCACUGGUUUUUUUUUAUUUUUUUAUUUUUUUUUUAAGGUGCUUGCCUCUAAGUCAUCGGCUCUUUUGGACUUCCAUAAAGAUCUUGUUAGCCUGGAAGCUGCUUCAAAGAUACAAUUGAAAUCAUUAGCAGAAGAAAUGCAAGCCAUUAUGAAAGGAUUGGAGAAAGUAAAGCAGGAAUUGGCUGGUUCCGAGAAUGAUGGCCCUGUAUCUGAAACUUUUCGCAAGACAUUAAAGGAGUUCGUUGGGGCUGCUGAGACUGAGGUUGCAUCAGUAACAAACUUAUAUUCUGUUGCGGGAAGAAAUGCGGAUGCAUUGGCACUAUAUUUUGGUGAGGAUCCUGCCCGCUGCCCAUUUGAGCAAGUUGUUGCUACCCUCUUGAAUUUCGUGAGGAUGUUUUGCAAAGCUCAUGAAGAGAACUCCAAACAGGCUGAACUAGAAAAGAAGAAAGCUCAAAAGGAAGCCGAAAUGGAGAUUGCGAAGGGAAUUAAUUUAACAAAGAAGGGUGUGAAAUGAACAAUUUCAAUAUUUCACAGGAAGAAGUUGUUUAACAUGGUCACUAUUGACGGACUAUGGUCCUCCAGAUUUGACGUGAAUUGUUCAGUUUUUAUGGGAAUAUAAGAAAGGAAACUGAAAGCACUAGCUUUCGAGAUUUUCGCAAAACCCGAAGUUUGGUGAAGGGUACGCUGAGAAAUGGAUAUGGUGCUUUUCGGCCAGGUGGACAAUGCAGAUUACUGAUCUUUGUCAUCAGCUGACCGUGGGGGUUUUCACAAUCUCAAGACUGAUACUUGGCCAUGUGGAAGCCGAAGAAGAGUAACGUAUGAAUUCAGAAGGAUUUGUGCAUUCAUUGGAUGAAGCCAACGUUUUCCAAGAGGGUGCCCGUUGUAACUGUAAAGUGAAUUACCAUACUGUAUUAUGAAGCCUGUACAGAGAUGUAACACUGUAUCCAGAUUAAAGGUUAUUCUUUUUGUUGUAACAUAUAAACUGAUUCCCCUUAGGAGCCAACCAUUGAGAGAGGUCAGGAUUAGAGAUGAUAUAGAAAUAGAAGAUUAGCUCUGUCAGUGAAAUAGUUUUGUCAUCAAAAUAUAGGGUUCUAGGUUUAGAAAUUCUUGUUUGUUCUUUAGAUUCUAUUUUUAGAAAGUAUUUGAAUAUUUUCAUUUAUUAAGGGGAAAAUAAUUGUCUCUCUUGAAUA